GCGCACUGAAUGCUUACGGAACUGUCGCGAGGAGGAGGCGAGCACUCGCAGCAUCAGCAACACACACAUCCACACACACACGCACACACGCACACGCACACACACACACACACGCACACACACAUACACAAAGAGGUCAGCUUGUGUGCUGCGACUUGAAUGGAAGAUAACCGAGUGCCGCGAGACACAAUAAAGGAACCAUAGGACCUGAUCGCAGUGCCGUGCCGUGCCGUCACAGACGCUGGAGAGACAAAGCCCGUCGUAACCAUGACGACGGACAGUAAGGAGGUUAAGCUCGACGCGCGGGUAGAGGUAAUAGUAUCUGAAGGCCCAGGUAAACAAAAACAGAGUGAGGAUCUUUGCAAACGGCCUGCUCUUAAAGUGACAGUGACUAGAUGCCACAAAACGUCAGUGCUGUCUCUUUAAGAACUGUGUGGUGUGGGCACAAAAACAAAAAGUAUUGUGUGCUGUGUCUACAUGCAUGAGCCUGUGUGUCUUUAAAGGAAAGUUCACUCAAAAAUUACAAUUCUGUCAGUUUUUACUCACCCGCAUUUCUUUAAAAACCUGUAUGAUUUUUUUCUUCUGUGGAACACAAAAGGAGAAAUAUUAUAGAUUUUCUUUGAAGUUGUUUUACAUGCCAUUACAAUGAAAGAGGAUGGGAAAACAGUGGAUAUCAAGCUUCAAAAAGGAUGCAAAACCACCACAAAAGUGGUUCAAAACUUGAGCUAGAUUUGGACUAGAACUUUCAAGACAUAGCAAAUUAAUUUACAAUGCAAUAAGAGUUGAAUGCCAAAAUUUUUCAUCGUAAACUUUGAUCUGUUGGCUUCAGAAGUCACACGAACCACUUUUAUGGUGCUUUUGUUCACUUUUUGUCCCUGGUCCUUAUUCACUACAAUUGCAUGCAGCAGAGUGACCAUCACAUUCUCCAAAAUUUCACCUUUUUCCCUGGGAACAAUGAGAGUCAUACAGAUUUGAAACAACAUGAGAGUGAGUAAAUAAUUUUCAUUUCUGUGUGAAUUAUUCCUUAAAAUAUGACUUAAUCACGUGUUGUUGUCCAGGGUUUACACACCUUUUCGAGUGAACCUUGUGCCCUCAAAUUUUAUAACCUCAUUUAACUUAACAUUAAUAUAUCUCACGUGUAACUUAUUUCAUGCUUCCUCAGUACAGCUGAAGUGUGGCAUGCUUUAGUUUGAGCUUGUUUCUUUAUGUUGUUAUAGAUGUAGACCCAUGUGUUCUCACAAUCAAUUACACUGCUGACAAAAGGAACAGUGCCAAUUAUGUUGUUAGGAUAAAUAUAUCAAUUAAUCAUGCACUAAUACUGAAAUUUGGAGUGUGAGGGGAACAGGUUUAGGUGGGACAAAAAACAAGUUACUGGUUUUGCUGCGCUAGUGAGGAACAUUGUACGACAAGAGUGCGAGGAGCAAGGUUGAGUAUUCUUAUGUUGUCAAGUGGGAUGGACGUGUGUUUUAGCUUUUGUGAAGAAGUGAGGGGGACAGUCAGGUCUGAGUGAAUUUAUUUAGCAGUACUGACACUCAUAGGAGCAGGUAGGCUGUGUUUGAGUGUAUAGUGGUUGUAGUAUGGAGGAGUGCAAGGGAGACACAUUGAGGGCUGUUUCUCUGGCUGAGUGGUGUCCACUCACAUCAUAUGCCUCAGUGAUUGAGGACGCCUGCAGCACUGCAUUGUGGGCCAGAGAAAUGGAGUAGUAGCAGCUGGGAACAGACUGUGACUUGGAUGAGGCUUUGAGAGGGAAAUGACGAGACAAAAUAUGAGAAAUCAUAAAAUCAUCCAGUCAUAUAUGCUCGUAAAGCAGUAAACUCUGGAACGGUAAUAACUUCAGGAAUUCGCAUCAGAACAACAAUAGAAGCGGUCACUGACGGCAGGUACCAAAUGUCUUACUUUCUUUGUUAUUGUGCCAUUGUGUUUUGAGCAACAACACUUACUUACUGUGUAACUCCACACUACUUUCCACUUUUAGCCUGUAACAGAUCCACGCUGAUCUCACGCUGAGUGGCCCUGUCACCCCAGCCAUUUCAUUUGGAGCUCCUACAACACAGAGAGUCAGUCGCACACACUCUUGAGUCUUCAUACACACAAACAUCCAUAAAAACAGAAAAUACAGUCUGGAGAUGUUUUGCUCUUGGCUAGUGGCGUGCUUAUGGUGUACUUAUAAUACCUUCAGAAGGACCAAAAAGGAACCUGUAGGCUUUGUACACACAUUAUAAUGUUACAGAAUAUUCCUAUUUCAUAUAAAUGCUGAUCUUUGUGAACUUUUCUAUUCAUCAAAGAAUCCUGAAAAAAUCUUAAGCAGCAUGACUGUUUUCACCAUUAAUAAGAAGAAUUGUUCCUUAAGACCAAAUUAGCAUAUUAUAAUUUUUUUCUGAAUAAUCAUGUGAAAGUGCAGCUUUGUCAUCAGAAUAAAUUGUAUUUUUAAUUAAUCUUUGAUCAAAUAAACACAGCCUCGGUGAGACUUCUUUCAAAAACAUUAAAAAAAUCUUACAGGCCACAAACUGUCGAUCAAUAGUGUAUAUAGCUAAUAUUUUAUUUGACAUGUUUUAGAUGUAAUUUUAUUUAUAAACAGUGUUUUUGAGCUACUCUUAUCUCCGUAGUGUUUAUGAUUCCUAAUAACUUUCUAAUCUCAGGAAGUGGAGCUACACUCUUUACAAAUCAAAGGUCCCUUGCCUUAUCAUUGGUUUAAUGCCGUUACAUGGGAACCGUAUGAUUCAGUCAUGCCAGCGACACUUUGCACCUGCAGAUUUCCACUUUAAUUGAGCGGCGACGGCAGGGCAAAUUCCAGCCAUUCCGGCGUCUAUUUGGGAAGAAGAAAAGGAGGGAAGCAGAACGUGGGUUUGAGGGAUCUGAACUUAAACCUAGCCAUUCCACUGAUGAUGUUUGCAACGGGGUGGUCUCAGUUAAGGAGGAAAAUGAUGAGUGUCUAAGGGAGUUAAACACCCUAGGGUCCAGAGCUUUUUCACACGAGAGUGUAUUUAUCCCAGAGGACUCAGAGAAGACAUAUCCAGGACAGACAAUGUCCCAGGAGAACGUUUCAGACAAAGUUAGGGACAUUCAGAGGCAAAUUGGACAUAAUAUAAAAUUUGGUCAGAGACUUCCUUCACUUAGAAAGAGCGAGGGAGAUGAAGGUAGCUCAGAUGAAGAAGAGGUACCACAAAGUCCACUGAGGGUUCUUGCUCAGGUGGAGAAUGAACCACCAGAGACCGAAACCAAGGAAAAAGCUGUCAGCCAUGACACGGUCCAGCACAGAACUCCAGUCAAAUCCCCACGCACCAAGCGCCCACCUCCCCCUGGCACAAUUGAGUCCAUCAAUCUCGAUGCUGUCCCUCAGUCUGUCUCACGCUUGGACAACACUGCUGCCAAACAUAAACUGUCUGUCAAACCGAAGAACCAGAGGGUGUCACGCAAACACCGAAGGUUCACACAGGAGUUUCACGAAGAGGAUCUCUCUGAAAUGCAAGAGGAAUCUGAAACACAAAAAGAUGAAGAAGUCUUUGAUUUGUCAAGAGAGGACUAUAACAUUAUCCAUAGAAGCAAAGAGGAUUAUGAACCCACUGAGAAAUCGAUGAGGCGACGAUUUCACGAGGAGGAGCUAGAACGCCUUGAGCUUCAGAGAAGGGAACAAGAGGAAGAGAGAAAGAUGGAGGAACAACGGAGGAGAAUCGAGGAGCAGAGGCUAGAAGAAGAAAAGCGGCGCAGACAGGAAGAAGAAAGGCUGCAAAAGGAGGAAGAGGAGAGGAAGCAACGAGAAGAAGAGGCGAGGAAAGAAAUAGAAGAGGAAGAAAGAAGGAGAGAAGAGGAAGAGCGAAAAAGGCAAGAGGAGGAAAGAGUGAGGAAAGAGGAAGAGGAAAGAAGAGCAGAGGAGGAGAGAAGGCAGCAGGAACUUGAGGCGGAGCGUCUUCGUCUGGAAGAGGAAAGAAACAGGGAGCAGGAGGAGAGAAGAAGAAAAGAGGAGGCGGCGGCAGAACAACGUAGGAUUCAAGAGUUAGAGGAGAAACGGCAGAGAGAGGAAGAGCAACGCCUCCGUGAGGAGGAAAGGAGCCGACAAGAGGAGGCUGAGAGGAAAAGACUAGAGGAGGAGGAGGAAAGAAAGAGGCAACAGCAAGAGGAGAAAGCUGGGGCUACUGACCCAGAAUGGAAAAGAAAAGCAGAGGAACUGAGAUGGAGAGAGAUGGAGGAGAGACAGAGACCCUUCACUUUUAAGGUCUCUUCAGGCGAGAAGCAGAUACUAUUCCAGAAGGUCAACCUCACUCCUGUUACUCCAUCAACUGGCCAACAGGGUGAAACAACAGCUGAAACCAGGGAGGGAUCCAAAGCUUCUUCACCAGGAUGCACAGAUUCACCAACUCUGUCUUCAUCUCUUUAUGUCCCACAUACUGCAAUUCUUGUGACAGGAGCCCAACUUUGUGGAACAGCAGUCAAUCUCGAUCAGAUCAAGGACACGGCCUGCAAGUCCCUUCUUGGCCUUUCGGAAGGCAAAAAGGCCAUGGGCACUCCUCCAACUAAGAGCAAGACUUCUCCAGAUCGUAAAUCUGGAAAAACCAAAUCCUUAUACGAGUCUUCCUUAUCUGCAGACCAAUCCAACGCUGCAGUCCUGGCAGAAUGGGCAAGUAUCCGAUCCAAAAUUUUUAAAGGUGCUGAGGACGGAAAAUAUCCAGAAUACCCAGAUCAGAGUCGCAGGCCAAUAAGUGAGGAUCUAAAUACAGUGCCAUUCUCUCACACCAACCUCAGGAAAACCAUGUCAGCCAGUGCUAAGUUUUCAAUCACACCAGCUAGAAAGAAAUUUGCUGAUUCCAACAGGAACUCAGAGAGUUUUGGUCAGGAAGACAAAGAAGGUGUGAAAAUAGAAUCACCAUCGACGGAAACUCCCUGUGUCCAAAAAUCAGAGUUGCCCUCUUUAGGUACCAAGGUCCAGAACAGGGGAAGCAAAGUUGUCCGCAUUGCAGAUAGUGCUGAAGAAUGCAUGUUUGCCAAAGACCUCCCCUCCUUCCUUGUUCCCAGUCCGCCACAUGGAUCUCCCAAGUCACAGAGGUCCGAGACUGGAUCCCCAAGUCAGGCAGAAUCAGAAGACUUGGAAGCAAAGAAUGAAGGGGAUCAGAAGGAUCAGAGUGGUGAUGAGCGGCCCUCACCUUUUGGAAUCAAGUUGAGAAGAACCAACUACUCGCUUCGCUUUCACAAUGAACAAUCUGCAGAGAAGAGGAAAAAAAGGUACAGUGCAGGAGACAGUUUUGAAGGUGUCCCAGUGCCCCUCACAUCCAUUGACCAAGACUCUGACACUUCUACACUCUCUGAAAAGUCUAGCCCUGUUUCUCCGCAACAAGAGAUUAGUGGAUUUCGAACCGCUGCAGCACCCAGUAAAGAAUCUCGUAGUAAGUUUAGCAGAAAUUCUCUCCCUUUGGCACGCACUGAAGGUGACAACUUUGUCCCCAAGCCUCCACUUUACCAAAAACCAGCUACCUCCCCCAAACCAUCUGAAGGUGCCACACCUCCACUCUCUCCUCUCCCGAAACCUGGCAGAAGGACUUUGGGAGACAUGAUUUCACAAAGGACAGGGCAAGCAGAACAGGUAGAUACUGAGCAGAGCAGUGAUCAUAAGGAAGAAGUUGCAGCAUGUCUACCAUCCCAAAAAAACGGACAAGGAGAGGAGGAGCUUAAAGAAAAGAAGUCAUUUUUUCCAUCCAUCAGCAUCCCAUGGAGAGAAAAAACAGAUCGCAGGACAGAACUCAUUAAAAAAGAAAAACCCUCUCUGCAGGCCAGGCACUCUCUGGACAGCUCACGGACACAGGAGAAAGAGACAGGACCACUUUGGAUCACUUUGGCACUGCAAAAACAGAAAGGCUUCAGAGAACAGCAGCAAAACCGAGAGGAUAGGAGGAGCCAGAGAGAAGCUAAGCUGGCUGAGAAACAGACUAAGGACAGAGAUAGUGCUGGAAUGGUCAGUCCCACAGAGGUUAAGAGCAGUGGAAGUUCCAGCCCUCCCAAACAUCAAACAACAGAUGAGAAUAAGAGACCAGACACACUCCUGGCUCGUUUUGAACGACGUGACAACUUGAAGAAAGCCAAUACCUUGCCCAGCUCAGUCACAGUUGAAAUUACAGACUCUACACCAUCUCCGCCAGCAACUAAAGAUGUGACAAAGCGCUUCCCUCCUGGUGACACUACCCAGGUUUCUACUGAGCCUGCGUGGCUUGCCCUAGCAAAGCGUAAGGCCAAAGCCUGGAGUGACUGUCCACAGAUCAUCAAGUGAUCCAUUGCUGCUGACCAGUGAAAAAGCAAAUAAAUCAUCUCCUUCAUCCACAUCACUUUGUCAUCACAGCACCCCAGCUCACCUCUUGCUCUGAACAAAAAGUCUAUAAUUUACUUUCUAGCAUUUCAGAAUAUUUGGUAUUUUAGUGACAAAAUAUUGUACCAAUAAUCAGAUUCACUAAGGAUAAACAAUUACAUCAACCCAUCCGUCCGGUUUUCAAUAUACUGGAUUAUUGCAACAACAUGCAUCAAAAGUAUAUUUACUCAUCUGUGUCAUAGCCAAUCAAACAAGCCCUAUAAUCUUCAGAGAAGUUGCAGCCCUUCAUAUCUUUGAAGUUGCCAGUGGUUAACAGUGUAUAUACACAAUGCAUGUCGAACUGUUGAUUCUAGAUAUUACUAAAACAAUAUGAGUGGUUCACAUUAAGUACAAAUGUAACAUUUCAAGUAAAACAAGAAGGUGUGUUAUUGCUUUGGUGAUAAAUCUGGGAAGCAGUUCAAGGGCUAAUAAUAACACAGCUGAUGAAACCUUCACAAAUUCCACUCCUCGCUCCCACAAGCAUGUAAAUCAGAAACGGCUUUGCAAUUUUUCUUUUUUUCCAUGUAUACACUCAAAUGAAUUGACACUCAUAGACCUUGCCGAUGGACAGACGUUGUCACUUUUUUUAUUUCUUAACUUAUUAUAUUUGAUAUCUUGGCAAAGUAAAAAGAUCUUCACUGUGUCCGUGACAACUGUGAGUACCUUCAUUUUAACUAUUGCUAAAACUCAUCAUGGUAAUGACACGUCAGCACUGUUUACUCAUGUAAUUAACUAACAAUGAAUUUUUCCUUCAAGUUUCCAUGACAUCAUAGUAUAUAUAUAUAUAUAUAUAUAUAUAUAUAUAUGCGCACUUGAGCCAUGCUGUCAACUGAUGAAAAAUCUACUUCUUGCAGUGUCUAUACCCGCCUGUUUCUGUAGAAUUGGUUGCCUGGGAUCCACCUGCUUGCUGUAACAUAAACAAUGCUAUCCUGGCAUAGCGUGUGCUAGCAUCUCCUUUACCGCUAAAUAGCAAAACCUGCAUCACGGCUGAUGGGAGAUCAGUGUUUCAAAUGCAACGGCCCAGGGUGGAGGGGAGUAAGUACAAGAGGUCUAGCCAAUGGAAAUAUCCUUAACAAAAAAGGAAGCAUUUCUAGUGAGAGAACGAACGGACUAUUAACGGACAUCACCACUACGUCCUUGAAUAAGGCAGCUAACCCUAGAUCGCUCCAGGGGGAUUGUCCUUGUAGGUGAAGUUGCUCUGGAUAAAAAGCGUCUGCUAAAUGAUGGUUAUUAAACGGAAGCCUUGAUCUCUCAGCAGAGCCACUGACUCAACUAUCUAAUGUAAUGUUGUAUGUAUGUAGGUAUGUAUGUAUGUAUAGAAGUGAAAUGAAGCGGACUGUAUUCCUUUGGAGAUCUCCUGGACUGCAGUCACGUCACUUUGUUUUUACAUUGGUCGUGUGCAAUAGUGUAGCGUAAACAGUGUUGUAUGUGAUAUAAAACAAAAAGUUUGUUGAUAAUUGCACUUUUUUUUUUGUUCCACUUUAGAAAAACCCAUUACAGAAAAAGUGACACAAAUGUUAUGAAAUAUGUAGAGAAAAUUAAAGGAAGCUGUUU